AAAAUCAAGAUGGAAAUAAUUCGUUGGUAUUUGUGGCUGGGCAUAUACAUUGGAAUUUGCAGCGCCAGAGAACAAAAAUUUGCUAUAGAGCCGCAAGAUCAAACUGCCGUCGUCGGAUCAACGGUCACGUUACCAUGCAGAGUAAUCAAUAAAUCUGGAUUUCUGCAAUGGACCAAGGAUGACUUUGCUCUGGGAAGUCAUCGAAAUCUAUCCGAAUAUGGCAGAUACGCGAUGAUUGGAUCGGAUGAAGAAGGCGACUAUAGUUUGGCUAUCGAAGGAGUAUCGUUGGAUGACAAUGCCAGAUUCCAGUGCCAAGUGGGGCCUGGGAAACACGGCGAGCCCGGGAUCAGAUCCAGAUUCGCAAGCUUAACGGUGCUCGUACCUCCGGAAAAACCAGAGAUACUACAAGGGUCCGAACUGACCACGACUGAAGAUCGCGAAAUCGAACUGGAAUGUGUUUCUCGUAAUGGAAAACCUGGUGCUGAGAUUAUCUGGAUCGAUGGUUCGAACAACGUGGUCACAAAUCACGCCGAAUCCAAGUUCGAAGAAUUACCGAAUAGAUUAGUCAUUUCUAGAUCAAUUUUAAGAAUUACACCUAAGAAGGAACAUCAUAAUACCACAUUCGCGUGCCAGGCUCAAAACACGGCUGAAAGAACGCCACAAUCGGCUAAAAUAAAGUUACACGUCAAAUAUGCGCCUAAGGUAACUGUGCGAAUAAACAGCGGUACAGAGCCCGGAAACAGUAUGUGGAAUCAGCUAAUCGAAGGCAUGGAUGUGAAAAUCUCGUGUUCGGCGGAAGCCAAUCCUCCAGACGUGAGUUACCGAUGGUACCUGAAUGACGAGAAGAUAUUUAACGAGCCGCCCGAAUCGCCGACCGAGAUCACCAUUCGUAAUAUAAGUCGCCAGCACCACGAAUCGAUUGUUAAAUGCGAAGCGUACAAUUCAGUCGGGAAAAGCGAAGACUCCGAGACGCUUCACGUUAUUUACGGACCUCGUUUCGUUACGAAACCCCAGUCGGUUCAAGCCGAAAGGAAUACCGCUGUUACGCUGACCUGCGAAGUGAACGGAAAUCCACCUUCGGAAAUUUCAUGGAUUCACGAGAAAGUUAAUAAAAUUGUCGGUAAAUCAUCCAAUUUAACGGUUAAAGUGAGCGAAGAAACCUCCGGCAAAUAUAAAUGUAAAGCGCUGACCAACGGGUUCCCUGAAAUAAGCGUCGAAGCAUCGAUACACAUGAAAGGCAGACCGAUUAUCAAAAGGCAACCGGUACAAUUGGGUAUUCCUGGAGAUAGCGUUCGAUUAGAAUGCAACGCUUAUUCCAUUCCAGCAGCUAAUAGAAUUACGUGGAGUUUCAACGGUCGUGAAAUCAUCUCCGAUGGACAGGAUUAUUCGGUGUCGGAGCAAAACGAAGAAUACGAAGUACGCAGCUCUCUAGUGAUCCAGGAUUCUCGAACGGAUCAUUAUGGCAUUUAUAAUUGCACUGUGACCAAUGAUUACGGCUCCGAUACAGUCGAAAUAAUGUUGAAACCUCAAAGUGGUCUUUUUCUGCUUCCAGAAAGUUUUCCAUUAUUGAUCGUAAUGAUCGGAGUGGUAGGCAGCGUUAUGGUUAUCGUGACUGUGAUAUUAAUAACGAUACUGUGCCAGCGUAAGGUGAAAAAGAUGCCUCCGCCACCGCCAGCAAUCGUGAUAGAUUCCGAAAAACAUUGCAAAGAUUCGGACAGAUCGUCGAAUAUUUCGGACAUCAAAUUAGAAAUAAGAACCGGUUCAUCGGCCAGUAAUCAAAAUUGCGACGAUUAUAGCGGCGGUCACGAUUCAGAUAGUGUGAUCACAAGGAUAGGAAUGCCUUUAUCGAAUUCGUUGAAUUUGGACAGAUAUUCAAUUAAUAGAUUCUCGACUGUCGACUAUCCGGAUCCAGUUUUUCCUCCGAAAUCGGAUGGCCACAACAACAACGGCUACGUACCGUUCGCCGACUACUCGAAAGACUACAAUCCACCUCCGUCGUCUCAUAACACCUCGCCCAGCAUAUCUUCGGCCAGUUUCCACACCAAUUCGUUAGACAUGAGGUUCAACUCAACGUACGGUAAUCCGUUCCUAAGAACAUCGAAUAGUCCUACCGUGCCAACGUUACCAAACGGGCAGCCUCCGCCGCCACCCUACUGCACAUUACGUAACGGGGCUUUACCGCAACUCGGUAACAGAUUCAAUCCGUCUCCUACGUCCCAAUACAUAAUGGCUAAUAACGUGCAACAGGCGAUAAUUAGUAAAAAAGGCAGCCUAGCGACGCACGUAUAACGACAGCUCAAUGUAAUAUACUUAAUUAUAAUUAAAUUUCAUUGUUGACUAUGUACGUUUUUUUUUACAUGUUCUCUUUGUCUCUCUCGUACUUUUUUUUAAAAAAUUCGUAUUUUUGUAUUUUUACCUGUUUUUUUGAAUUUAUUCAUUUUUUUUUCGAAUGAAAACUAGUCAUGUAUGUAAAUAUUAUGUAAAACAAUGUAUGUAAAAAAAACAUUUUUUUAUACGGAAUUUUUAAAUGUAAUUCUCGCAUUUAACGUGCAUUUAGAUGUUAGUUUAUGAAAUUUUUUUUUUUUCCUUAAGAAGACGAGGCUGUUAUAACAUUUUUACGAGAGUUGAAUGUAAAUUUUUUUCUUCGUAAUUCGACGAGCAUAUUUUAUUCCGAAUUAUGUCUAGUCAAAAGUACUCUCGAAAAAACGUAUUUUUUUUUUUUUUUUUGUAAAGGCGAUUAUUUUCUAUGCUCAGAACGAAAUGACUCAAAAAGCUGCCCAAUUUUUGAUGUAACUCUACUAUAAUAAAUUGUAAACAAGGAGAGAGUUUAUUACUACCUAUAGACAAUUUUUCAAAAAUUAUUUAAAUACGUUGCGAUAUCGCCAAUAUGUAUUAUGAUGUAAUAUGUACCUACAUAUGUACGUAUAAUAAUGUAAAUAUUUUUAUACUAUAUUUUAACUAAUUAUUUUUCUCUUGUAUUUUUUUUUCUUUUUGUUAUUUUAAUUGCAUACCUGAUUUUUUAUACCAUCCCAUGUUUUAAUUUUAUUAUUUUGUUUUUUAAUGGACAAUACUACUACCAUCGAAAUUUUAAUUAUAACUCUUUAAUAUUUAUAUACGAGUAAUUGUGUUCUGUUAUGUAAGUGUAUGUGAGUUCUCUUACAUGUACCUAUAUUGAAAGCAAAACUAUCAAAUCAUUGUAUUUUUUUUUCUAAUAAUUGUUACUUUACGUUAAUGAAUGGUCCUUUGAAUGUUUGACGGCCUACACUGUAAUGUAUAUUCGAUGUUACUUUUUUUUAUAUACUUAUUACUUAUUGUUCAAGAAAACGUAUUGUUCGUUAGCUUAUACCUUGUAAAAGUCUAUUGGAGAUUUUUAAAUAUAUGUGUUUAAAUUGUG